GAGAGAGUGUGCAUGUUCAUUGAUUGUAGCUAUAAAUGGUAGCAUAGGCUGUCAAGGCAGGCAGAGAGGUGCAAAGAGGAAGGUGAAUUUAUUGCAUAUUUCCCUUCAAGGCAGCAGUAAUUCCAAGGAAUGUAUGAUUCUCCAAUAAAUCUCUCUAAACCCACAAAACUUCCAUCAGAAUCAAUCUUCCUCAUCACCAUGGAGAUUGCUAACUCGCAAAGGCGAUAUGUGGACUUCACCUCGACUCUCUUCAACGAGGGUUAUUUGGACAGCCAGUUCACUCAGCUACAACAGCUGCAGGACGAGAGCAACCCUGAGUUUGUCCUUGAGGUCGUGACUCUCUUCUUCGAGGACUCUGAGAAGCUCCUCGAUGAGCUAACCAGGACCCUAGACCAGAAGACUGUGGACUUCAAGAAAGUGGAUGCCCAUGUUCACCAGUUGAAAGGCAGCAGUGCCAGCAUUGGUGCUCAAAGAGUCAAAAAUGUGUGUGUGGCCUUUCGAAACUUUUGCGAGGAGAUGAACAGGGAAGGAUGCCUCAGGUGCCUGAGGCAAGUGAAGAAUGAGUACUUCCUGGUGAAGAGCAAGCUGAAAACCUUCUUCGCGUUGGAGCAGAAGAUUGUGGCUGUUGGUGGAUCAAUCCCAAUGAUGUGGUAGUGGAAGUAGAAAUAGAAGAAGAAGAAGAAAAUGGCAAGCGAGUUGUUGAGAUGUGUUUCCUUGUGGUGUUAUGUGUGAUCGCUUUGCUCUUUUGUAGUUUUCAUUUGGGCCACUAUUGUGAGUCCUUGAAACAUCUUCUCCUUUGAGAGGAACUU